CCAUUCAUUAAUACAGACAAGCCCAGACACACACCGACUGGACAAACGCAGUAAACUAAGCCUGCUCAGGCAACCGGUGUCCCGGGGACAAAGAAACUAAUUGAAGACCAAAAACUGCGGUACACACCAACAACAAACUUCUGUCACGGAUGUUAUCGACGCAGAUUUGUGGACGUGACAAUGACUCUCGAGGAUGAUCUGACAACAGCUGCGGCACAGGGAAAUACGGCACAUGUACGGGAACUUUUGCAGGCAGGAGCUGAGGUUAACGGGGUGAAUCGUUUUGGACGGACCGCACUUCAGGUGAUGAUGAUGGGGAGCGCGCCUGUGGCUCGGGUGUUAUUGGAGCACGGAGCAGAUCCAAAUGUGGCGGACAUUAGCACCGGGACCACCCCGCUGCACGACGCGGCCAGCUUGGGUUUUCUGGACACGGUGCGGUUGCUGUUGCAAGCCCAAGCGAAUCCGCAGGCCAGGGACAAAGCAACGUAUCUACCCGUUGAUUUGGCCAGACAGAACGGACACACAGGUGUUGUUGCUUUGCUGGAGACUCUGCUGUAAAACUUGGCCUGCUCGUGGGCGAUGUGACAUUUUUUUAUUUCAUGGUUCUGUGUGAGGACUGCAAACAGGCCUGAAGAGGCCUGUAGCCUAAAUGAUUUCUUGACUGUUUUGCUCUGUAUGUCUUUGAUAUUUAUUUGUUAUUUAAUGCUCUAUGCAUUAUAUUUUAUUUAAUAAUCAGGGCUGUCGACAGUCUUGCUUAUGGCUAAUGAGAAAAUCAUGCAACCGGAUAUUCUUAUUGUAAAGGUCUACUUCAACACAUUUAGUUGCUGUCUGUUUUCCAUUGUAUGAGUGAUCAUAAGCCCUUUGCUGUACAUGGUUUGUGUAAUAUUUGUAUACUAUUUUAACGAUAGCAUUAGAUUUUGUUUAAUGUUCUGAGAUUAGUUUUUUUUUUUUUGUUGUUGUUUGUUUGUUUUUUACUUCAGUCUUUGUUAAACAUUUAACCAAAAAUACUUGAUAAGCCAUGCAAAAUGUUUUGCACAUAUUUACGUUUAACUGAUGCACAAUUAUGAAGCCUAAUUAUUUUACAAUCUAGUUUCCUGUUUGUUUAGAUGACAUCCAGAUUCCGGAUAUUCUAUGCACUUUAAUAAAGUGCCUUUUUUCUUUUU